UUGUGCAGAACUGAUUUGUUUUCAACAUUCAAUCCUCCGACGAGCUGCUAUUUCCCCGUUCCCUGCAGCGCACGAGCAGGAGCGGCGCUGCCCGGCGCCGCUCUUGGUUGUGUGGAUCUCGCUGAAGCACCGGGGGGACUCUGAGGUCACAGGGGAGGCUUCCACACCCCGCCCGCUCCCUGAGCGGGUCUCCAGGGAGCCGCGGUGGCGCUGGCAGAGUGACCAGGAGCGGCAGCGACAUCGAGCCAUGGCCGAGAAAAAGAGUCAGCAGAGGGGGCGGCACGGUAGCGACUGGUUCUCUCACGAGGGACUGGAGGUGGGCGAGAUGGAAUCAACAACAAGCGCUUCACUAAAGCAUGUCCUGAACUCUGUAGCCGCUGUGGGCCAGGAACACAGAAUGCCACUGCAAUACAAAGCUCGGGUGCAGAAAGCAGGAAACAACAAUUUCCCAUUCUCUUCUCAUGACAACAGACAUGAAAUAUGCAAUGCAGUCGAAUAUUUUGACCUGGGCAUGGGUGUGAGGAAGUUGGAUCCAGAGAAGCAGAGACAGAAAUCCCAUAACUUCUUUGAGUGGGCUCGUGUACCAGGCCGCAGCAGCAGCGAAGGCUUCGUUACCGUGUACCAGAGCACCUUUGUGUCAGGUCAGAGCCCUGGAAACGAAGAGCAGAGUCACAGGCGCUACCCCAAACACCACACCCAAAACCAAAACCAGUGCAGCGGCCAAAAAGAGUGCUGCAGCAAACCUGCUCCUGAGAAUGACCAAGCCCUGCAGCCAUACAAGACAUCUUAAUCAGCAGAACACCUCAGGAACACCGACCAAGCAAAUCUGAGCUGUCCACUGCUCAAAACAACAACGAAGGAAUAAACAUUUGUGUAAAGUGCA